CGACGAAGUCUCCCCGCAUCCCCCGGUGUCCUCCUGGCGAGCUCCCCCGGCGCGGGUCGGCACGGCUGCGUCCGGAGGCUGGUCCGAGUCCGAGGGGAUCACCCUUCCUUUGUCUGCCAUGAAGGAUUAUCCGAGGAUAGGUGAGACACCGCAGAAUACUUCAGCCGGGGCAACAGGCAGAAUCGAAACAGCUCCAGUUUUUCUUGGUGGAUAGAUCCUCACCCUUCAGGAUCUGCACAGAGAGAGGGUCCUCGCUGCAGGACAGGCAGGGCCCGGUGCCUCUGUGGAAGAUGAACCGCUACACCACGCUGAAACAGCUGGGCGACGGCACCUACGGCAGCGUGCUCAUGGGCAAGAGCAAUGAGUCCGGAGAGCUGGUGGCCAUCAAGAGGAUGAAGCGGAAGUUUUAUUCCUGGGAUGAGUGCAUGAAUCUGCGAGAGGUGAAGUCGCUGAAGAAGCUGAGCCAUGCCAACGUGGUGAAACUGAAAGAAGUCAUCAGAGAAAAUGACUACCUCUACUUCGUCUUUGAGUAUAUGAAGGAAAACCUCUAUCAGCUCAUGAAAGAAAGGGAAGACAAGAUGUUUUCUGAAAAUGAAAUAAGGAACAUUCUAUUCCAAAUUUUGUCUGGCUUAGCGUUUGUACAUAAGCAUGGUUAUUUCCAUCGGGAUAUGAAACCAGAGAACUUGCUCUGCAUGGGUCCAGAGCUGGUUAAGAUAGCAGAUUUUGGGCUGGCCAGAGAAAUCCGCUCCCAGCCACCUUUCACUGAUUAUGUGUCCACAAGAUGGUACCGAGCGCCAGAAGUUCUUCUGAAGUCCAGCACCUACAGCUCGCCCAUCGACAUCUGGGCCGUGGGCUGCAUCAUGGCCGAGCUCUACACACUCAGGCCGCUGUUCCCUGGCAAUAGUGAGGUGGACGAGAUCUUCAAGAUCUGUCAAGUGCUGGGAACACUGAAGAAGGCAGACUGGCCAGAGGGCUACAACCUGGCUGCCUCUAUGGACUUCCGCUUCCCCAGGUGUGUCCCCACCAGCCUGAGAUCCCUGAUCCCCAACGCCUGUGAUGAGGCGAUCGCUCUGAUGAAAGACAUGCUGCAGUGGGACCCUAACAAAAGGCCAACAGCUGUUCAGGCUCUGCGGUAUCCGUACUUCCACGUGGGCCAGGCGCUGGGUCCUCCUCUGAAGUACCUGGAGCACCAAAAGGCCCAGGUUAAGGCCGCAGAGUUGGCUGCAGAAGCUAAACCCCUGUCCCUCUGUAAGGCUGACCUGGAGUCCUGCGAGCCCAGUAAGACCCAGACUGAGCCCAUGACCUGUGUCAUAUAUCACCACCAGCCCCUCCAGCAGAUCCCCCUUCCCCAGGAGAACAUGGACCAAAGCACCAUGGACCCCCACACACUGACACCUGAGCAGCCUGAGCCUCUCAGCCUGGUGAAGAACAAGCAGCCGGGGAGCCAGCAGAAUAGAGCAGCGCCUUCAGGAGCAGAAAAUAGCGUAACCGGAGUGAGGAGCGGACGCAGGCGAUGGGGCCAAACCUCCAUCAAAUCUGCCGACAGUUUGGAAGAGUUUGAUGAUGCAGAUGCUGGUGUUUCUAUUUCCAAAAAGCCCACCAUCAGUUCUCUGAGGGCUGGGGCACAGGAUUGGUCCAGCCAUCGAUUUUCAGAGCCAAGGUCCUACAGUAAGCAAAGUGCAAUAAUCAGUGGGCUAAACAGAGCCGAGUCCACCACCUUGUCCGCCAAGCAGCAUUACCUCCGCCAGUCCAGAUACCUGCCUGGAGUAAAUCCAAAAAGCAACUCCUCGGUGCGAAGCCAGGCGGCGGGCAGAAACCUCUGGGGCGGCUCGUGCUUAAGCGCAGGACAGGGGUUUUACCUCAAUAAAGAAUUUUUCAUGAGCGACACCUACAGCCCAACUAAAACGCACCUGUCACCUUUCCAGAAGAACGAAGCAGGAGGAGCUGGACAGAGGAUUGUCCUGGCACCAACAGGAGGCGCCUCUGCCAUUGAUCUUACAUCCGCUGCUGAUCUAAGAAUUGACGCUAAAAUUCAGUCAUCCAAGAACAAGCCUUCUUCAAGUAAACUGUCUUCCGUCAAUGCAGAGUGCGCAGGAUGGAGGAGCAAACCUUUGAAAGAUCACGUCCCAGGAUCCAGCAGCAGUGCCGCAGGGAGGAGCACUUGGUCCAGGAACCCGCACGUGCAGCCAGUGCACGGACGAGUCGACUGGACGGCCAAAUACGGAGGUCACCGGUAGCACAGUCCACCGAGAGACUUCACCCAGAGACUCAUGGGAGAAAUCCCUGCUGCACAAGAGCAGUUUCAUGCUGCCGGCACGCUGUGUGCAGCAGUUUUCUUCCUAGUUUUUUGUCCUUGUAUCAACUGUUAUCCACUGUCCUGUGUCUUUAAUGUUUUCUAUUAUUCUAUUUCUGUGUUCACUUAUUUAUAAUCAGGGUCGAGUGGGAGAUCGAGCUUCAGUAUUUGUUAUGUAUAUGUUAUUUUUUUAAUGACUAGUGAUUGAAAUAAAAUAAUUAUUUUUAUUAUUGAAAUCAGUAAAUUAAUCAUCCAG